AUGGAGGAGAAUGUCCCUGAGCCUCCACAGAUGGAUGAGGAUGUCCCUGAGCCUCCACAUAUGGAGCAGGAUGAAGAACAGUGUGCUGAACAUGCGGAUGAUGUUGAUGAUAUUCAUGAUGCUGCUGCACAUGCUGAUGAUAUUCAUGAUGCUGAUGAUAUUGAUGAGCAAGAUCAACAGACCGAAUUUCUCGGAGGAUCGAUGGUGACGUAUGUGUUGACACAGUAUGAACACCACGUGGCUCGGAGGCUAUUGGAAGGAGAGCUGAAGAAGUUUGUCGAAGUUCCUGUGCCAGAUCCUAUACAACAUUGGAUUCAGGAAUCUGGGCAGCUACAUCUCUCUUCAGCCUACCUCACUAUAGCUGAUGCUGGUUUGAUAUAUGCAUUUGUUGAAAAAUGGCAUAUGGAGACCAACUCAGUUCAUUUGCCAUUUGGAGAGAUGACUAUCACGUUAGACAACGUCGCGACCCUCCUUCACAUCUCACCUUGGUAA